CGACGUCGCGCUCCUUCUUUAACGCCUCGCGCUGCUCUCCGUUUGUCGUCGGAGAAAGCUUUCGUCGCAAGAAAAGAUUUUUAAAAAAGAGAGAGAGAGAGAGAGAAGAGCGAUGUUUAGAUAAUGCGUGAAAGAUAUCACUCGGUAUUCCCAAGCUUUAUCUCGUCGCUCGGAGCUCCUUUGCUUUACUCUCCGGGUCUCGUAACUUGCCAAGAAAACCUAAUGACGCCACUGAUUUGGCACGCGUGACGACAGCGUUACAGGACUAAUUAUGUCAUGUGACUCGAUGAUCGCGGAGUUUCCAUCGAGAGAUACGAAACGUGCGUAAGAGCGAAUGGAUUUUUAAGAGGAUGCCACGCAAGGACGCGCUAGCUUGAGCCCUGCACUGCCAUAAAUAAAGUUCAAACGUUGACAACCGAUUGUCAGAGAAGAUUGAUUAUGUCACGUUCUCGUAAACGUAAUUGCUAAACGAGGAAGCGCAAGAGUGACAGCGGAGUGACUUACAGUAUUUUCCCGAUUGAAUAAUAUUUCUUACUUAAAACUCAUUAAAGCGGAGUGUACAUAAAAAGACGUAUAAAUAAUAUAUUCUCAAAAAAUUAAGUAAAUAGUAAAUAGAUGUAAAAGCCAAUGGUUUCAUCGGAGCCGUUAUAAAUCGUCAAAGUUUUGUAUUAACAAGCAUUAGAUUGAUUCUAAUAGACAUGACAAAUGAAUACAUAGUGAAGGCAGAGAUACACGGCUUCGUUGUAACAACCUCAUUUGUGAUGCAAAUAUAGUGUGCCGGUAAAUCAAAUGGUCGUGACAGUAUGACUGAAGAGACUAUUCAUAAAGUAAUUAAAAUAAAACAUAACAGAGUUACGCAAUGCAAUUAUGGUUCGGUACCUCAUCUAUUUUGGACGUUCCGUUAAAAAAGCUAUGAAAAAUCAUGCGGACUUGACGAUCCGAGCGAUAAACGAGCUGCGAAUAAUAUCGAAGGACGAAUUAAAAUACAAUUCGGAACUGUGGAAACAGCGCGCUGAUAUGACAUUAAGAGAAGAUUACCCAUCUCUUUAUCACACACCCGCGAGCGGGAUGACUACAAGAGUAUCGGUUAAAACGUGAGAAUAUGAGAGGAAACGUACAUAGCGAUAUUUUUUAGGGGUCAUGCCCCCUGGGGCAAACAGUGGAACAGAGGGCUUGGGCCCGACCUGUUCUGAGAUACACAACAGCCAGGAUCACGCUAUAGCCAAACUCACGCCUCCCCCUACAUUCGUUCAGCAAUGCUACAGACACCUCAAGAGUUCCGGUGUCGGCGAGGCGAGCGUCUAUCACGCAUUGGUUGUCAUAUUUCUGGAAUUUUUUGCAUGGGGACUGUUAACCAUGCCUAUUAUUAGGGUACUGAAUGAAACCUUUCCGGAUCACACGUUCCUGAUGAAUGGCUUGAUAAUAGGAAUCAAAGGAAUCCUGUCUUUUCUCUCCGCGCCACUGAUCGGUGCUCUCUCCGACGUAUGGGGUCGAAAAUUUUUUUUAUUUAUCACAGUGGCCUUUACAUGCGCACCAAUUCCCCUAAUGAGCAUUAAUACGUGGUGGUUCUUUGCCAUGAUUUCCAUCAGUGGCGUAUUUGCUUGCACAUUCUCAGUGGUGUUUGCAUACGUCGCGGACGUGACGGAAGAAAAUCAAAGAUCACUGGCAUAUGGCUUGGUAUCAGCAACUUUUGCUGCAAGUAUGGUGAUAAGCCCAGCUUUAGGUGCUUAUAUCAUGGAUAUUUAUGGAGAAAAUCUUGCCGUAGCAUUAGCAACAGCUAUCGCAGUCUUAGAUGUGUUUUUCAUAUUAGUGGCUGUACCUGAAAGUUUGCCUGAAAAAACACGUCCACCAGCACCUAUAUCAUGGGAGCAAGCUGAUCCGUUUGCUGCUCUUGGAAAGGUUGGAAAAGAUCAUACUAUUUUAAUGCUGUGUGUUACCGUGUUCCUGAGUUACCUUCCUGAAGCGGGACAGUAUAGUUGUAUAUUUGUUUACUUAAAAUAUGCUAUGGGCUUCUCUAAUCUCAUGGUAGCAAUAUUUAUCGCCGUUGUGGGCAUCCUGAGUGUGGGAGCGCAGAUUGUAUUAGGACCCUUGAUGAAAACACUCGGUAGCAAACAUACCAUAAUGCUCGGUCUGUUGUUUGAGAUGUUACAGCUCAUGUGGUAUGGAUUCGGCUCGCAAACAUGGAUGAUGUGGGCUGCUGGAGUACUUGCUUCUGUAUCAAGCAUUACAUAUCCCGCAAUUUCCGCAUUCGUGUCCAUGCAUUCAGACGCUGAUAAACAAGGAUUGGUACAAGGUAUGGUAACUGGGAUGCGUGGUCUCUGCAACGGACUCGGACCUGCUAUGUUCGGCGUCAUAUUUUAUCUUUUUCACGUUGAUCUUAACGACGACACCCCCAAUCUCCCCUUGAAACCGUUCGUGGACGAAAACAACAGAACGGGAACUAGUACACAUCUUGACAUAAUGCCUCAGGUACAUACAUUAUAUUUGCAGCUCGUACCGGGGCCGCCGUUCGUGUUUGGUGCGUUACUUGUGAUCUGCGCGCUGCUAGUAGCCGCAUUUAUUCCUGAAUCAAAUACGAUGUCAACAGGAUCGUUGCAUCAUCCAUCCACUUCCCGGAGGCCCUCCGGUAAAUACGCAUAUCAGAAAUGUUUGUCCUUGGACGUUCAUUAUGAAGCAGACCGAGUAGGAAGUGGAAGAGGAAAGAUCGGUCCGCUAUCACCACUAGUCGACAAUUGUAAUUCCGCCGCGCUAUAAUGUCUAUUGAAAAAUGUAAACCAAGCCAUAUAACACUCGACGAGAAUAUACUUUAGCCAAGCGGUAAAAACUUCACCCUCAAUUGAGAGGUGAAGAGGUCGUUACUAUGAAGUACACCUGACUCGCAAUCAGGCGACUGUAAUAGAGUUGUCUAUAUUGUAUUAUACUAUUUGUUUAAGGCAGUAACUAAGCUUGAUUUUAGGAACUUAUCGAUGGAACUUAAUGUUUAGGUUGUGACAAAUUUGCACAAGCAGUGCUUGUGCGAUAAUACCGUGGGUUGAUCUCAGAGUCGAGUUUAAUCGUACGACAAGCGUGUUAUGUUGUGGAAAAAACGUAACAUUGAUUUAGAUCUUCCUUUUCAAGAUUCUAGCGCCGACUAUUAAAUCAGAAGUCAAAUCAGAUAGAUGAUUAAUUUUACGCCAAGUAAAAUCAUUGACUCUUUUACGCAGCUCGCCAACGGCACAAAACGAUACAUCGGUGAAAAUUGAAAAAAAAAAUCCGUAUUUUACUAGAUUUAUAUACCUUGAAUAUUAAUCCUUUGAUGAUUAAUACUUUGAUGUCGUAUCCUUUUCUUUUGUUUCUAAUUUAUGUUACCACUUUUUCACAUCAAAUGCUAAUGUAAAUUGCGCAAUGUAUUUUUGCAUCUCCGUACAUUCAUAGCACUAGGAACUAGCUUUUACACAUUCCUUGUAAGCAUAAUUUUUGCAUACAAAAAGCAGCAUUAAUUGACAAUUGAAAAGGAUGCAAAUUCUUUAAAUCGUAUUUUCUUUUUGUACAGGUAUGAUAUAUAGUAAUUACCUAUCAUUCUUGUAUAUCAUACACCAUAUAAUUUAGCAAAUAUUUAUAGAUCGUGCGACUUGUUUCCUUCUGCACAAACUAUUUAUUUUAAUACUUAGAAACUACGAAUAUAACGAGAAAGGCCUGAAUGCUAGGAACAAGUUAUACAAAGUGAUAGUUUGUCAUUCAAAGACAAUGGUAGACGUUAUGAGUAAAAUGAAAUAUUAAUUAUUAAUUGAGAAUCAAUAGUUCUCUUAAAUUAUGUGUGUUAUAAUCGGAGUCACAUUGAUGUUAAAACGAAAAGAAACGUUUUACAAUAGAAUAGAAUCUUGUAUAUAUUUUGCUUCUAUUUUACAAAAAUAUCAAAACUUUUAGGAAAAAUCUGUUUUAAUACAGUGGCAUUGAUUUAUAUACAUAUAAAAUUUUGAUUGUGUUUAAACUUUAAGUAAUGCGAUUUACCUUUGAUUCGUGUUCUUAGUAUGUUUAUAUAAAAUAGUAUGUUCACACAAAUAGAAUCAUUUAAAAUUACCUUGUAGGAAACGACAAGUAAUUUUUAGUUACUAUAAUGGAUUGAUCUUAAAAUCAUUGAACUCUUAAAUUUGAUUUGUCUCGAUAAAAGUCAAAGGAUGAUUAAUGACAUAUGCAAAUUAAUUGAAAAUAAUAACAAUAAUACACCCUUAUCACAAAUUACAAACCUCUUGAUUCUUGUUUCGUAAUUUUUGAUAUUUGUACACGAUUGUGAUUAUCUUCCGAAGAAAUUCCAAGUUACAUCAAUUAUUUGAUGGAUAUUUAUUGGAUGAUAUUAACACUGAAUCGUUUUAUAAAUAAAAAUAAUAAAUAUGUAUUUUAUACAUAUUUAAUAUUAACUCAUUUUUUAUAUACGUCUGUUCGAAACAAAACAAUUUACUAGAUAUUGAAGAUUUCAGUCAAUAUGGCUCAUAAUCUUUGUCGAAUGUAUUAAAAUUCGUGCGUUUUCUAGAAUCUAGCUGUAUUACAGUAAAGUAUUACAGGACGAAGUAGAAAUUGUGAGCAGGUGUAAACAGUGCAAUUGCAGUUCUAUAGUUUCCGUUUGUAUUUCCUUAGAGUUACUUACGAACUCGCUCUCGUACACUAAGAAGUAAAUAUUUACGCAACUGUAUUAUAAAUAUACAAAGCAAACAGGAAGAUUAUAAUAUUAAGGAUAAAACAUAGAAAAUAAGUCUUAACUCUAUCAUGAGUUAAGUAAUUGUAUAUGUAUAAUGUACGAUGAAUGCAUUAAUAAAAAGUGAUUAUUUUUAAGAUAAA